AUGUCAGCACCUGGAAGUAAACCAGAUUUUAUAACGGAUUAUGAAUGUUACAUUAACUGCCCUAAGAAGAGGACUGCUUAUGAAUGGCAUUUAAAUGAUAGAAAUGAUUUUGCAUUGAAAAAGGCCAAAAAAUUUCGUUUACAAUACGAAAAAUUGUAUGUUGCAAGACACUGGCUGUUCACAUUUCUCCUACGAUUAAAUACAACAGUAAAAGAUUUGGUUUAUGCAAUUCUAAAGGGUUAUCUAAACGAUAUUAAUAUACAUGCAAAUCCGAAUACUUGGGAAGACAUCGUCGAAGACCUUAAAAUUGCUGGUGCACAGAAUGAACCAAUGUAUAUACUUCAAGCUUAUUCUCGUUCACAAACGUUCAGCAAACGAAUCAAUAGUGACAUGGCUAAAAAUACGUAUCAUGAACUCAAACUUUACUGUACAUCCCUUAAUUGUAACGUACUAGCACGUACACAAGAUGGUAUUCAAGCUUUCAUUGCUAUUCUAUUCCAUCCAAAAUUAGAUAUAUACUUGUGUAAAGAUCUCACUAUAUACAGAGGCUCCGUUAUUGAUAGUGACAACGUGUUGGAAGGAUAUGAAAACGGUUCUAUAAUUAUAACUACCACAUUUCUGUCGACUUCAAAAAACCAGGCAGUUGCAGAGAUGUUUGCUGCUCCUGGUUCCAUAAAAACAAAUCAAAUAUCACUUUUGUGUACAUAUUACAUUCAUAAUUAUCGGCAUACAGCUCUAGAAAUGGAAACAAUUUCAACAAAGAAAGAUGAAGAGGAAGUAUUAAUUUAUCCGUAUGUCCCAUUCAGAAUUCUGUCUUUUAAUAGAAAGAUAAUAGAACUGACUGGAAAUGAACGAAUUGAAGUAGUCUUGGAACAAAUCGACGGCAAGGAGAAUGACAACAGUGAGAGACAAUCGGCAUGAAUAGUUUCCACAAAUGUGUAAUGUAAGGCGUACUCAAAGAAGAAACAAUUGAUUUAAAUCAGCAGAAAAUCAAAAUUAAAUGAUAUAAAUCACUCAAAUUCAUUUAAAGUCAAUGAUUCUAAUUCAUACGGCUUUCUACAAUUCCAAAAUAAAAUUCAUGUUAAUAUUUUCAUUUGACUAAUAGUUAAGAAUUUUUAAUAUGAUUCUAGGGUCAUUGUUCGAUCAUAUGUGUAAGUCAAUGGACUUAUCGAUAGAAUUCAUUGUUUUCCGACGGAUGCAACAAGCACUUGAAUUACUUAGGGUAUGGGUGCGGGUUUGGGUUUGAGUAUUCAUCUGCAUUUCACUGGAAAGAGUAGCCACACACACACCCACGUGUCGUGGAAUAAAGGGAUUUAUUUCAUGUAAGAGUUUAUAAAGAGAUUCUGAGUCAGACAUCAUACAAAAUUCGAUCGAUAAAUGCAAUGACUCGAGAAAGAGGAAAGUCUAAAUCUGGAUGAUUGACACCUAUGUACCAAUGGAUAUUCAACUGACGAAGAUUAUGAUGAGAUAAUAGUUUUUGACCAGACAUUGAAGAAUUAAUGCGCAAAAAUUUUCAAAUUCAAUCGAAUAAAGUUCGAUGUAAUGGUGAGUACUCGACAGAAAUCUUUUCGAGUGCACACUGGAAUUGUGAUAGAGUAGAAACUGAAAAGAGAAUGAAUUAAUAAACUCGGUAGUUCUGAUAAUGUCUUGGUGUGUCAUCGAAAUCGUACCCAAAAAACAUUGAAAUGCGAUGUAUGCUGCCAGAGUUAAUUCGGAGAUAUGUCAAAUUGUUGAACUUUUUCCCAAGACAAUACCUCGAUGGACAUUGAAUGAAGUGUGUCACGAAAACAAAGAAAAGAUAGAUUUAGACAUUAAUAUCAUUAAAAUUAUCGUUCUCACCAUUGAUCACAAGAGAGUUCUUCUUGAGAUCAUACAAUAGAGCAUUCAAAUGACGAUUAAGAUCGUAAAAUAAUUCAUUGGCAAGAUCUUCGAGAAGUCGAACAGCUGAUUGAUCAGGCAUUGCUAUUUGUGUAGAAACGAGAAAUUUCAAAUGAAACAGUUCAAUCUUGCACAAUCAUGUUAAUUGUUACUGAAAUCAAUGACAUAUUGUGAGUCAACGACUUGCUGUCUCAAUUGAUGAUGCAAGAGCAUGAAAGUGUAAUGUCAUCAUCUAAAUAUGCUCUAUCGGUUAAUUCUACUUAUAAUUUACUAUCAUUUUUU